AACAACAACAAGACCAACAAUAACUCAGCCCAGCCCAGCCCAGCUUCAAAAUGCCUGGAGCCAGUUCUCAGUCGCGUCUCUUCUUCUACCUGCUGUGUGUGGCAUCUCUGUUGGCCGUCUCAAAAUCGGAUACCGGUAGUACAAAGAACUCCUACUUUAUGUCGUAUUUCUAUUAUCUGAUCGUUAACUUUAUCAACCCAUUCGCAAUGCCCGUCUUCUAUCGUUUCGCCCAUGUCUUGCCACUGCAGCCACCUACCGAGGAUCUGGCUUACGAUGCCGUGCUCCAAUUGGGUCUCUUAAAUCAUCGUCUGAAUCAGCUGGCCAAUGAGGAGGAAUCCAGGCAAUUGAGUUUAUCAAAUCUGACACUCAACGCACUAGUCAAUCGUAUACCGUGUAAUUGUAACGAAGGUCUAUGCAAAUGCUGUGCAGGUUUUCUCGCGGUGAUUGGCAUGAACAGCUGCACGGAGGUCGCCUAUCGCCCAGAGGAGUUCUCAUUUGAGCUGCGAAUGAGAGUCAACGAUAAAAUUUGGUUCCGCCAUAAGGUCUCCGGCCAGAAUCCGCCGCCUUUCUGCUUCCGGCCGCCACGCUUCAACUUUGCCCGCGCCUGCAUCCAGUUCCACGACAUUUGGUUCGUCGGUCGCAACAUGCACGUCUGCAUGUUCAUGUCCGGAGAGUUCCAGGGAUUCGAGCUAUUCGAACGCAAUUUUGAUUGUCUAUUGUUUGGUGAUCAUGGCGUCAAGAUCGUACCACCCGAGCAGGGUUAUCCGGUGCGUCCCAACGAUGUAGCUAUUGAGGAGGUCGAAGAUGAGAUCGAGGACUAUGAUGAGAAUGUUGUCCGCAAUCUGGCCGAAAGGAUGUUCAGCUGAUCGAGCUGCUAGUCAAAAGCACAGAAAUCCUCCAAUAACAUAAUCUGUAACCCAUUAUCCCUUGACCCUUGAACACUAACGCUUUUAUACGUAAUCGAACACUCUUCAUACUGCAUCCCACAUACUACCUCAUGCUCCCGAUUCCCUAUCCUAUAUCCUACAUACUCCCCUGAUUCCCUACUUAGUCUAAACUCUUUUAAUUUAUUAUUAUCACCUCGUCAUUGUUUAUUUAUUAAAGCAGGCGAAACGCUUGAUGUCAUCAUGUCCUUUUA